GAGAGUCCAAACACGACCCCCAAAACCCAGCGUUUCCUUAGGAGUCUACGGAACACCAUGGAGGCGUUCUUUUGGAUGUGCACCAGGUCCAGCUUUGGAGCCCAUGGUGACAAAGUAGGUGUGAUGCAGAGGAGACACAGCAGUAACACAGAUGGAAUGCCCCCUGAAAGGAACAGGAGCCAGACUUUGGGUUCGGAGAGCAGUUUAGACGAGGGGGGAGUUUUCGACUGUCUCAAGCCCGACUCCCCCGCUUCACCCCAGCAGCUUUUCUCUGGCCUGGUGGGGGUCCCCUCGGGAAAUGUCCCCUCAACCCCUUUCCAGGCCGCGGGUCUCGUCUUGGGCUCCCCCCCGGAGGUUUUCAUCCAGAUGACCGCUUCAUCCAGAGAGGAAGGCCCCCAUCGCACGGAGGCCACGCCUUACCUGCCCCGCCCUCCCGUCCACAGCCACCACCACAACCACCAUCUCCAUCAUUACCAUCACCACCAGUCCUCCCAGCUCCGCGCCUCCAUGCUCCAUUCGGCUUCGGCGGGAGAGAGGCACCACGGGAGCAGGGACGAGGGGUCGGAAGAUCCCUCCACGCCAGCCCCGGCCCUCUCUGAGCUAAAAGCUAUGGUGUCCUGGCUGCAGAAGGGAUUCCCUUUCAUCCUAAUCCUGGUGGCUAAAGUCUGCUUCCAGCACAAACUGGGUAUAGCAGUGUGUAUUGGGAUGGCCAGCACCUUCACUUUUGCCAACUCGACCCUAAAGCACCAAGUGUCAUUACGGGAGGAACGGUCUGUCUUCAUCACUCUCUGGAUCAUGGUCUUCCUCGCUGGCAACAUUGCUUAUCUCUACUACACUUUCAGUGGUGAAGAGCUGCACAACAGUCUUAUUUUUGCAAAGCCAAACAUCAACAGUUUUGAUUUCUUUGAUCUGAUCUGGGCGGUGGGAAUCACAGACUUUGUCUUGAAGUACUUCACCAUCGGUCUGAAAUGCUUUGUCCUGUUCCUGCCAAGGAUUCUUCUGGCUUUUAAGUCCAGGGGGAAGUUCUACUUGGUCAUCGAAGAGCUGAGUCAGAUGUUUCGGGCUCUGGUGCCCAUCCAGCUGUGGUACAAAUACAUCAUGGGGGAAGACCCCUCCAGCAGUUACUUUCUCGGAGCUGUUUUGAUCAUAAUCUACAGCCUUUGCAAGUCGUUUGAUUUAUGCGGAAGGAUAUCGGCCAUCCGGAAAGCGUUUGUGAUCCUGUGCAGUUCUCAGAGUUACGGCGUACGAGCGAGCAGCCAACAGUGCAGCGAAGCGGGUGACUUCUGUGCCAUCUGUCAGUCGGAGUUCAGAGACCCCGUGGCUCUGCUCUGUCAGCACGUUUUCUGUGAAGACUGCCUGUGCCUUUGGUUUGACCGAGAACGGACCUGCCCGUUGUGUAGGUCGGCCGUCACCGAUGCCGUGCGUAGCUGGAAAGACGGGACCACCUCCGCACACUUUCAGAUUUACUAG